GAGGCGGGCUCUGACGUUGGUGCUGCUACUUCCGGUCGCGCCCUGACUAUUAAUUUGCUGUCCUUCCGGCAGGUGGAUGGAGGGGUCUGCGUUUAUAGCCCCAGCUGCUCUCCUCGCUCUGGUCGCCAUCGCCCCCUUCCGCUGGGUGGUGGCGGCGAGGUUGCCGCGGUGACGUUCGCGCGGGCUUCUCGGCCCCGUCCAUGGAUGAAGGAGGUUCCCGCAUCCGCCGGCGGGUGUCUGUCCGCAAGAGGACGCGCCCUGGUCUGGAGAGCGCAUUCCCCGUUCCCGCCGCGGCGGAGCUCGGGCCAAGGGAGUCGGGGGAACCGCGGGAGCCCGAGAAGCUGGAGGAGGAGGAGGAGGAGCCGUGCGCCGGGGGCCGGCGGCGGAGGACCGCUGAGCUGCAGCCGCUGGAGCAUAAUGACAGCGAGGAGGACAUGUUUGGUGACAAUGAUAGCUUUGCGGAAAACUCUAUUUUAGCCCAAGUUGAUGAUCUGGAACAAAAGUAUAUGCGAGUCUCUGAACACAGGGAAGAUAGCACUGAUGUCACCACUGAAAAUGUCUGUUUAGAAAACGUGGAGUGUGACAGACUCAGCAAUACUGCAGCAGGCGAUUCAACUAAAUUAAAUGUGAAUGGAUAUACAAAGAACCAGAGGAGGCUUAAAGCAGCCUCUCAUGAACCAGAAGCUGAUGUUUUGUAUGACAUACCUUCUUCACAGGUUUUAUACUUUGAAAGCAUGCAGAACUUUUCAGAUAAUUUGGGUGGUCAGACUAAUAAAGAUAGGAAAUGGGACUCAUCCUCUUGCAAGAUGGUGAGUGAAGAAUUGUCACAUAGCAUCAAACAACCCCAGGGAACUGAUGAGUCUUCUUCUAAAGUCAGAAGUAGUUCAGAUGUGAAUAGGAGAAAAAGUCUUAAAGAUUACCUAAAAAGUGCCAUGACUGGAAAUGCCAAGGCCCAAACACCAGUGCUUUCUAGGACUAAACAGCUCCAAGAAACUCUCCUAGCUGAAGAAAUCAGCAUGGCUAAGAAAACAAUGGAGUCCUCAUCAAAUGACCUUGGUCCUUUUUAUUCAUUACCCAGCAGAGUGAGAGACCUUUAUGCUCAGUUCAAGGGAAUCGAACAAUUAUAUGAAUGGCAACACACUUGCUUAACACUGAAUUCUGUGCAAGAAAGAAGAAAUUUAAUAUAUUCCUUGCCAACAAGUGGUGGAAAAACCCUAGUAGCUGAAAUAUUAAUGCUGCAAGAACUACUUUGCCGGAAGAAAGAUGUUUUAAUGAUCCUACCUUAUGUGGCAAUUGUCCAAGAAAAGAUUUCAAGUUUGUCAAGUUUUGCUAUAGAACUCGGUUUCUUUGUUGAAGAAUAUGCUGGAAGCAAAGGAAAAUUUCCUCCAAUUAAAAGAAGGGAAAAGAAAUCACUAUACAUUGCUACUAUUGAAAAAGGACAUAGUCUGGUGAACUCUUUGAUUGAAACUGAAAGGAUUAAUUGUUUGGGCCUGGUUGUUAUAGAUGAGUUGCACAUGAUUGGUGAAGGAAGUCGUGGGGCUGUACUGGAAAUGACCCUCGCAAAAAUCCUCUACACUAGCAAAACAACUCAAAUUAUUGGAAUGAGUGCAACAUUGAAUAAUGUCAGAGAUCUACAACAAUUCCUCCAGGCAGCAUAUUAUACCAGUCAGUUUAGACCAGUUGAAUUAAAAGAAUAUCUGAAGAUAAAUGAGACAAUAUAUGAGGUUGACAGCAAAACUGAGAAUGGCAUGACUUUUUCACGUCUCCUUAAUUAUAAGUAUUCUGAUGCUUUGAAAAAGAUGGAUCCUGAUCAUUUGGUAGCAUUGGUGACAGAAGUUAUCCCCAACUAUUCCUGCUUAGUUUUUUGUCCCACUAAGAAGAACUGUGAAAACGUAGCAGAAAUGAUAUGCAAGUUUUUAAGCAAGGACUAUCUGAAGCACAAAGAGAAAGAAAAACACGAGGUGAUUAAGAACUUGAAGAAUAUCAGCAAUGGCCAUGUGUGUCCUGUUUUGAAACGCACCAUACCUUUUGGAGUUGCCUAUCACCAUAGUGGUUUAACGAGUGAUGAAAGGAAGCUGUUGGAGGAGGCCUACUCCACAGGAGUUCUCUGCCUCUUCACCUGCACAUCCACUCUAGCAGCAGGUGUUAACCUGCCGGCUCGCAGAGUGAUUUUAAGAGCCCCAUAUGUUGCUAAGGAAUUUUUAAGGAGGAAUCAGUAUAAGCAAAUGAUUGGCAGAGCUGGUCGUGCUGGAAUAGACACAACCGGAGAGAGUAUCCUCAUAUUGCAAGAAAAAGACAAGAAACAGGUAUUAGAUUUAAUAAGCAGCCCAUUGGAAAACUGUUAUAGCCAUCUUGUUCAAGAAUUCACCAAGGGGAUUCAAACAUUGUUUCUCUCUUUGAUUGGCUUGAAGAUAGCAACAAAUAUUGGUGAUAUAUAUCACUUUAUGAGCGGUACAUUUUUUGGUGUUCAGCAAAAGAUUUUGUUGAAAGAAAAAAGUCUGUGGGAAAUCACUGUUGAAGCACUUAACUACCUGACAGAAAAAGGACUUUUACAAAAAGACACUAUUUUGACAGAAAAAGAACUUCUACAGGAAGAAACUAUUUCUAAGUCCAAGGGAGAGUUCCAAUGUAAUUUUUAUAUUACAAAGUUGGGACGAGCUUCUUUUAAAGGAACUAUAGAUGUGGCUUAUUGUGACAUACUUUACAAAGACUUGAAGAAAGGUCUUGAAGGACUUAUGCUGGAAAGCCUUCUUCACCUGAUCUACCUAACAACUCCCUAUGACAUGGCUCCUCAGUGUGAACCUGACUGGAUGAUCUACUUCAGGCAGUUUAACCAACUCAGCCCAGCAGAACAGAAGGUAGCUGCUCUUGUUGGAGUAUCUGAAAGCUUUAUUGGAAAAAAAGUUUCAGGUCAAGCUAUCAAGAAGAAGGUGGACAAGAACAUUGUCAACAGACUAUAUUUAGCUCUUAUCCUUUAUACUUUGCUGAAAGAGACCAACAUUUGGAGUGUUUCUGAAAAAUUUAAUAUGCCUAGAGGAUAUAUACAAAAUCUUCUCACCGGUGCUGCUUCAUUCUCAUCCUGUGUGCUACAUUUUUGUGAGGAACUUGAUGAGUUUUGGGUUUAUAGAGCCCUUUUAGUGGAACUUACCAAGAAGCUGACUUACUGUGUCAAAGCAGAACUAAUCCCUCUCAUGGAAGUGACUGGAGUUUUAGAGGGUCGAGCAAAACAACUAUACAAUGCAGGUUAUAGAAGUCUAAUGCACUUAGCUAAUGCAGAUACUGAAGUGCUAAUAGAGACAAUUGAUCACUUAUCAAGACGUCAAGCCAAGCAGAUUAUUUCAUCAGCAAAGAUGCUGCUGCAUGAAAAAGCAGAGGCUUUGCAAGAAGAAGUAGAACAGCUGCUGAGGCUGCCCUCUGACGUCCCUGGCGGCGUGGCCUCUUCCACUGAAAAGGCAUGAAGCUAUCUCAGGAGCAUGUGAAAUAUGAAUUCAUUCUGCAUACUUUUAUUAAAGCUCCCCUGUAACUUAACAUUAAAAAUAUAUUUUAUUUAUA